AUGGCGAAAGCGGCCGCGGGAGCUCAAGCUCAGUCCAAGUCUGCGGCGAAGAAGAAGAAGUGGAGCAAGGGCAAGGUCAAGGACAAGGCGCAGAACGCCGUCAUCUGCGACAAGCCCACCUUUGACCGCAUCAUGAAGGAGGUCCCCACCUUCAAGAUGAUCUCGCAGUCCGUCCUCAUCGAGCGCAUGAAGAUUAACGGCUCGCUCGCCCGCGUCGCGAUCGCACACCUCGAGAAGGAGGGCCUCAUCAAGCCCGUGAUCCGCCACCGCGCGCAGCUUGUCUACACGCGCACCACGUCGGAGGAGUAA